UCUACAUGAUAUACGCACAAUUAUAGUGUGAAUGACUUCUCAAUAAAACUGUAAAGAAACGUAGCGUAACAUAAUGGCUACCGAUGUCACGUUAUCGUUAGUGCGCGUCGACUCGCCCGCUCCAGGGGACUACUUUGUACCGCAUUCAGCGGCAUUCAUUCACAUCGUGGUUUUACAUUAAUAACAAUGUUUCUAUACAAAUGUCUUACAUUAACUUUCAUUAGUUUCAUACUAGUUACAGUUAAUACACAAGAUGCUGUUUUUAAUUCAUUUGUAGUUAUAACGAACUUAUUGACCGGUGGGUACACGCGGGCUGAGAAUAUUGAAGCAGAUAUACUUCUGAUGGAACAUAAGCUUCGAGCAUUACAAGAUAAGGUUGACAUAAAAAUAUAUUACGAGUGCCACUGCUCGGAUUGCAUACUUUUUGAUACGACACAGCUGAGGCCAACAGUUGAACUGUUGGGUUCGAAGUUGAAUCUCCAUCUUAAUCCUUACGGGAACGCUGAGACUAUAGACAACGGCAACGGUAAAUACGAAUUCAAAUGCCAACAUGGACCUACGGAGUGCUACGGGAACAAGUUGCACGCGUGCGCUAUCGACCUCCUAGGAAACCAGACCUUGGCCGUCAUGUACAACUCUUGUAUGAUGAACUCCAACCGAAAGGACAAGGGUUCCGAUGAUAACGCCGCUGAUGAGUGUGGAAAAUUAUUGAAAAUUAAUAGUAAGCCGAUAAAGCAAUGCGCUAAAGGAUUAAAAGGCUCAUUGCUCCUCAAGGCUUACGGCGACGAAAGCAAACGGGUCGGCUUCAAAUUCGUUCCAUAUAUCCUCAUCAAUGGAGUCCAAAAUGACGGCAGCCAUUUUAAACGAGAUGUCUGCGCAGCGUUCGCUAAUCCACCACCGGAAUGCUCCAAGUAACACUGAUUAUAAGGCGGUAUCAAAGAAAAACAAUAGCAUCUUUCCGUCUCGCGAUGUUACAGAAACUACGCUUCGGCAAACCUCAAGUUAAAAAUUAAGAAAAAUAAACGUCCUCAUGUUUUCUUUUAAAA